AGUGCGGGAGGCGGGCAAAGUGCAGUCGUAAGACGCCUCGCAACUCGUCAGGCGGGUCCGAGAGGAUAUGUCAUAGCAAGAUACAUUUCCUAUUGCGUUGGUCUAAUUGUCGAGGCCGGGACAGGCCGGCGGCCCCUAUACAGGGUUUCAUUAUCGUUUUGUCUAGCGUUUUGCAUACUCUCUUUUCCUUUGUUGAUUGAUCCUCUCGAGCGGCCUGCUUGGCUAGUUCUCUCUCUCUCUUUCUGUCUCCUUAUUCUGGUUUAUGUACCUAUUUAA